AUGGAUUUGACUGAAGAUGACGCCGCAUUGGCCGUCGAAGCCAUGCAACAAUACGAAAACGACAGUGAUAGUAAUAACAACUUCGACACCAUGUCAAACGACGACAUGGAACCUGGAGGCUGGAUCCAGUGGUUCUGAUCCCUCGAAGGCCAUGACUUCUUGUUAGAAAUCGAAGAAGAAUACAUUAAGGAUAACUUCAACCUAUUUGGAUUAAAAUAAGAAAUUCAAAACAGAGAGAUACUCCACCUGCAUUAAAAUGAUUUUAAGUAAUUAUUCUCCUUCAGAGGAGGAUCUCCAAAACGAAGAAUUUUUAGAAUUGAACCAAGAAGCUUCUGAUUUAUAUGGGCUAAUUCACUCAAGAUUCAUUAUCACUCAGAGAGGAUUGAGCAAACUUUACAAUAAGUUCCUCAAUGGAACAUACGGGUACUGUCCAAGAGCUUUAUGAGACCGCCAGAAGGUCCUCCCGGUCGGCCUCUCCGACGAGCUGAGAACAUCAAGAGUCAAGGUCUUUUGCCCCAAAUGCGAAGAAGUGUAUAUUCCAAAAUUUAAGAGCAUCAACGUGGAUGGCGCAUAUUUCGGCACUUCAGUGCCACAUAUUUUCCUGAGAAGUUUCAAAGAGGCGGUUGUCCUGCCGCCGAGGAUUUUUAACUACGAGCCUAAGAUCCACGGGUUCAGGAUUUACAAGAAGACUGGCUCCAGGGCCGCAGGGGCCAAGGAUGUUAUCACAUAUCCAAAAUCCUAUACUACAGGUGAAGCAGCAGAAGAACUGAAAAGUAGGGGCUCGAAGCCGAUUUCAAAAGAGGACAAAAAUGAUGAAGACGUUGUCACCGACAAUUUCAAUGACAAAGACCAGGCGACCACUCAUAACACCAAUAAUAACAAUGUAAGGAAGGGUAAAGGAAAAGGGAAGAAGAAAGGCGGAAGAAGAUAA